AUGGCAGAUUCGACAAAACCCGAACAUCUCAAUACUUCCGCCCUGGGCACCCGCGCCUACUGGGACUCCGCCUACUCGACCGAGCGCUCCAACUUCUCCGCCGACCCCGCCGACGAAGGCACCAUCUGGUUCAGCGACGCCGGCGCAGAAGAGCGCAUGCUCGCCUUCCUCGAGGACCUCGCUGACGAAGACGUCCUCCACAAAGAAGCAGACGGCGAAGUCGCAAACGGCGAGGAAGACGCUGGCUUUACGGAGCCCACGCGCUUUCUUGAUCUGGGCACUGGUAACGGACAUUUAUUAUUUGCGCUGAGGGAGGACGGCUGGGAGGGCGAAAUGGUGGGCGUGGAUUACUCGGCGGAGAGUGUGAGGCUUGCGGAAGAAAUCAAGGCGAGUAAGGGGGCGGAAUGCGAAGAUGUGCUGUUCUAUGAGUUUGAUAUUCUGGGGGCUGCUGCGGCGCCGGAGUGGCUGGGCGAGGGAUUUGACGUUGUGCUGGAUAAGGGGACGUUCGAUGCGAUUAGUCUGAGUGAGGAGAAGGAUGCGCAGGGGCGACGUAUUGUCGAGGGAUACAAAGCAAGUGUAGAACCACUGGUCAAGAAGGGCGGAAGGUUUCUGAUUACGAGCUGCAAUUGGACGGAGGAAGAGGUGAAGGGGUGGUUUGAGGGUGGGCAGCUGGAGUACGAGGGGAAGGCGGAGUAUCCGAGUUUUACGUUUGGUGGGAAGACGGGGAGCAGUGUGUGCACGCUUUGCUUUAAGAGGAGGUGA